AGCUGCUAGCUCGUCGGUUAGCGUGCUAACAGCGCUCAGCAGUGAUGAGACAGAGACAGGAUGAGACAGCAAACCUGCGAAUGAAGCCAUUUCACCAUCUCAGCUCAGGCCUGUGAGCAGAAAGCGCGACACAAGGGAUUUAAACCGCGUUUGAGUCAAUAAUUAUUCAAAUCAAGAGUUCGGAUGAGCGUCUGCAGUGCUGAGGUGAUGUCGACUGUCUGUUUAUGUUCAUUUAUUAGCCGGCAUUGAGCCGCAGCUGACGCGUGUCACUGAUACACACUCGUGAUUAUGUGUUUCUGUCAGGAUAUAUUCUGCUGGUGGAUUUAGUUAGUUGUCAGUUAACAAACAGGAGCUUUUAACGUGCUAACCGCUAGCGUUAGCCUGCAUUAUUUAUUAUAAACACUCAUUGGCUGCGAGAAGCUCUUGCUUGCUCUUUAAAUGGGGACUAUAAGUGGUUUCUUGACCUCACUGCACAGACUGUAGUGUGUUCAUCAGGUCCAGUACUCGCUUGACCAUUUCUACAUCCGUACAAGAGUGAAUUUCACCAGAUGCAUCACUCAGAUUCCACCGGCGAGAGCAGGCGGAUGUCCCACCCGUCGGUGUUUGCCGGCCGCAGGGGCAGCGGUGCCACCGUCCCGUCUGAUGACCACCAGACGCCAGCGCUGAUGGCUCAUCCAGCACCAGCCGGCUCUUCGUCACCCGGCCCGCAUCACCAUCCGCCCCACAGCCUCAACCUCCAGACCAUCGGGACGCAAGGCAAGAAGAAGAGCGGCUUCCAGAUCACGAGCGUCCUGCCGGCGCAGGUGUCUGCCAGCGGCAACAACAGCAUCGCCGAUGAUACGGAGAGCUACGACGACAUGGACGAGUCCCACACGGAGGACCUCUCCUCGUCCGACAUCCUCGACGUGUCGGUUUCCCGAGCCACGGACACCGGCGUCCCUGUGCGGAGCUCAUCGGAGGAAACGCUGAAUAGUUUGCACGGAGGCGAGACUCCCGGAGUCACGUCGCCAAACGAACCAGUGAUGCACCAGGGCUACAUGGUCAACGGAGUCCACCAUCACAAGGCCGUUCAAGGGCGGCCCGCGGCUUUAGCGUCGACAAUCCCUGCUGUCCUGCAAGCUCCGGCUCCGAGUGGAUGCUCCGUCCAAGCUGAGACCGGCGGAUCCGCGGCAUCGAGCCACUCCGCCGCAGCCGGUCCAGACGCCGGCGCCGCACCCGUUGCAAUGCCAACGACGGCUGCAUCCGCAGUUCCUCAGAUGAGCACAGCCUCUCGCUUCAGGGUGGUGAAGCUCGAUUCCAACUCUGAGCCGUUUCGGAAGGGUCGCUGGACUUGUACGGAGUAUUACGAAAAAGACGCCCCAGCUGGAGACGUUGCGUCCGCCAUUCACAAAGCCGUGGAGAGCAUCAUCCAGUCCGAACACGAGAGCACGAGCAGCUCCUCUUCUGGAAGCACCUUGAGCGGCGGAGGAGACGUCCAGCAGGCCUACCCCGGUUUGCACGCUCACCCACAAGACCUCCAGCCCGCCGCCAAUGUCCUGAUAGGUCCGGAGAGUGUCCCGGUCCGACCCUACACGGUAGAGGCCCAGAGCACCAGAGCACCUCCAGUGUCUGCCAGCCAGGGCUCGCUUCCUCCAGUGGAGUACAGCCCGAUGCCGGCAGCUCAGCCUCUUCAGAUUCCUCCCGUUCAGACUGCAGUGUCGCCCAGAGCUGCUCCAGUGCCCGUUGGGAUUCCAGGACUUCCUCCAGUGGGCGUCGCUCAGCCCGUCUCUCCGCGGCCCCAGGGCAGCGCUUUCAACCCGGAGCAGCAGCAGCACACUGGAGGCCAGCUGUCUUCAUCCAGCAUGCCCUCAUCCGCCGCUCCGCUGAGAUCCACGUUCCCCCCCUCGUACGUGACGGCCUCGCAGCUGGAAGACGCCCAUCGGCUGCUGCUGCAGCAUCACUCGCUGCUGUCUCUGCCGCGGCUGACCGCAGGAGGCUUCACGGGCCUCGCUGGACCCGCUGCUCCUGAUGCUGCGGCCGCGCUCGGACCGGACGGAGGCGCCGGUGCUUUCGCUGUCUCAGCUGGAGCAGAUGAAGACAGUUCCUCAGGAGCCAGUGUGGUGGCCAUAGACAACAAGAUCGAGCAAGCCAUGGACCUGGUGAAGAGUCACCUGAUGUACGCGGUGCGUGAGGAGGUGGAGGUGCUGAAGGAGCAGAUCAAGGAGCUGAUGGAGAAGAACUCUCAGCUGGAGCAGGAGAACGCGCUGCUGAAGAACCUGGCCAGUCCUGAGCAGCUGGCACAGUUUCAGGCGCAGGUUCAAUCCGGCUCGCCCACCUCAGGGGUCCCGCCGGCCCUCCCGUCCAACCCGGGCCCCGGAGCCAGCGCGUGACCUCCUCUGGUGACCCAAACGGGACUAAACGAUACUGUGAACGGACUCCAGCUUGAACAUUCGCCACAGUCAGACGGACGAUCUGACCUCAUCGCACAUCUUGCUGUCAAACGUCACGCGUCAGGAGCUUCACCCGCCUCAGACAAUCAGUGCUGACGGAGCCGCCAGUGUGAGCCAGAGCCGUGACGCCACUCGUGCUGUCGUUGCCACAUUCUUCUCCUGUUUUUAUGAUGGUUUCGUUACUGGUUUUAUUUUGUUUGCCUUUUAUUUUUGUGGCUGUUUAUAGCUGUAUUGAAUAAAUGAGCACUUUGUAGUCGACACAUGUGAAUAAGACCAAACAAGGGUGAAUGUGAACUUUGACCUUCAGUGUUGUGGGAAUCCGGGACUGUUUAAAGGCUUGCACGUUUGUGUGUAAAAAUAAACGUGGGUCGUGAAUCGAGUUUCACGAUGAGAACGAACACACAGACUUCCUCAUGAACGAUUAAGUUAUUUGCCUUACAGUCCAUUGCUCCGGUCAGUGAUCGUGACCCUUGACCUCACAGUACAUGCAUGUUUCCUUCAAACGAUGUGACGUCAUGCAGUUGCACUAAACUGUUGCACACUGACUUUAAUAAAUGACCAUGAAAUGAA